AUGCAUGUACUAAAUGUUGGAUGUGCCGGCCUUCUGCUGCUGUCCGUCCUCGUCUCGGAGGCGGCCGAGAGUCCUUACUCCGCGCCCAGCCCCAUCCUGAAGGACGACCGGACGCAGGACGCCUACGGUGGCUACUCCUUCGACUUCGAGUCCGGCAACGGCAUCGUCCGGCAGGAGUCCGGGAAGGAGAGCGACGGACAGGCGAAGCAGGGAGGCUGGAGAUACGAAUCCCCCGAGGGCGUCCCCGUCGAGAUCUCCUUCGUGGCCGACAAGGGGGUACAAACCCCAGGGGGGGAUCAUCCCCGUGGUUCCACCCCUUCCCUACCAGAGAUCCGGGAACUAAGAUCAUUUUCUUUAAGUGAAAGUGAAGGAACUUUAUCCGGAAAUUGA